AUGGGAGGAGCUGGCGUGCUUUAUUCUCAGUUAUUGGAUCAAUGGGAGGAGGUUCACUGUGAAGGGAAGUUUUACACCGGUCAAAGUUUGGAGCCGCUUCAGACGCUUCACGCGGGUCAAUCGUUGCUAUCUGUCGUCUCGGUAACCGAGGAGGCUCCCUUUCUACACUUCUGGAAUCUUUCUGCAUUCCCGGCGGCCCAAAGCGAACAUCUACAACAGAAGAUGUCCGAAAACGGAGCGUUACCACUUCGGGGGAAAGUGCUCACCGUUGACACCAUGAACGCCAACGUGAAGAAGGUUGACUACGCGGUCCGCGGACCAAUCGUUCAGCGUGCGGUUCAGAUCGAGAAGGAGCUAAAAGAGGGGGUCAAGAAACCUUUUGAAGAGGUCAUUAAAGCAAACAUCGGAGAUGCUCACGCUAUGGGGCAACGGCCAAUCACAUUUUUUCGACAGGUGAUAGCGUUGUGUACUUAUCCACAACUACUUGAUGACAACAAGUUUCCAGAAGAUGCCAAAAAUCGAGCGAGACGUAUUUUGCAAUCAUGUGGAGGAAACAGCAUCGGUGCGUACACAACCAGUCAGGGCAUUGACUGUGUGAGGCACGAUGUUGCAAGCUACAUACAGCGUCGUGACGGUGGUAUUCCGUCUGAUCCUGAUAACAUCUACCUCACGACGGGAGCCAGUGACGGCAUUGUGACCAUACUAAAGCUGUUGACCGCUGGGGAGGGUCGUACACGGACGGGGGUCAUGAUCUCUAUUCCUCAGUACCCUCUUUACUCCGCAUCUAUAGCAGAGCUGGGUGCUGUUCAGAUCAAUUACUACUUGAAUGAGGAGAAGUGCUGGAGUCUAGACAUUAGUGAGCUACAGCGCUCUCUACAUGCAGCCAGGGAGCAUUGCAACCCCCGUGUACUGUGCAUCAUCAACCCCGGCAACCCCACUGGUCAGGUACAAAGCAGACAAUGUAUUGAAGAUGUAAUCCGAUUUGCAGCCAAAGAAAACCUCUUCCUAAUGGCUGAUGAGGUAUAUCAGGAUAAUGUGUAUGCAGAGGGCUGUGAGUUUCACUCCUUCAAGAAAGUGCUGUUUGAGAUGGGUCCAGAGUAUUCAAGCAAAGUUGAGCUGGCAUCAUUCCACUCCACCUCUAAGUGCUACAUGGGAGAAUGUGGUUUUCGAGGGGGAUACAUGGAGGUCAUCAACAUGGACCCAGAGGUGAAGGCUCAGCUCACCAAGCUGGUCUCAGUGCGUUUGUGCCCACCUGCACCUGGACAAGCCCUCAUGGAUCUGGUGGUCAACUCCCCUCAGCCUGGAGAACCCUCCUACCAAACCUUCAUGAAGGAACGAACAGCCGUUCUAAGUGCCUUGGCUGAAAAAGCCAAACUGACUGAGGAGAUUCUGAAUACAGUGCCAGGCAUCAGCUGUAACCCUGUGCAGGGAGCCAUGUACUCUUUUCCCCGUAUCACCCUACCUGAGCGCGCCAUCAACGAAGCCAAGGCGAAGGGUCAGGCUCCAGACAUGUUCUACUGCAUGAAACUUCUGGAGGAGAGUGGGAUCUGUCUCGUUCCAGGCAGUGGUUUUGGUCAACGAGAAGGCACUUAUCACUUCAGGAUGACCAUCCUUCCUCCGACAGACAAGCUCAAGAUUAUGCUCAACAAACUGAAGGAAUUCCAUCAGAAAUUCACCCAGCAGUAUUCUUGACCCAGUUCAACUCGACCAAUCACAGCCCUUCUACCACAACUGAAAAUUUUCACUUAAUGUUUGGUCAGAAUAUGGCCAAAUAAUCACUUGAGCCUUGCUGGACACUAAUCUGCACCUUUGCCACUGGAUAAUUGUAUGCCUUGUAGUUAAAGAUAAAUGGAAAUACCAUAAAACUAUACACUUGUUAGUACUCUUUUAACAUGCAGUGGGUAGAAAUAGCAAGACUUGAUUUCUGAUUUCACAAGAUUUUAACAAAAUUAUGAUUUUU